GUCGGUGCUGAAUCAGUGUUUUGCUCGAUUCUAGUGGGCGAAGAAGUUAGUAGUGCUAUAAUUUCUUUUUUUUUUGCUGCUGCUGAUUUGAACUUCCGUUCAACGUGUGUUUGUUAAGUUUUCGCUUGGCCGAAUUCAGAGAAUCUUGGAAACUAACUGAAACGAUGGAGAUGAAACUGCCGUUGCUGAUUAUUUGUUUGGCCGCAUCGGCUGUGAUGGGUGUGCAGGUGCAAAAGUGCAGGAAAGGAUCCAUUCCAACCAAGUUGGAAAUCGAGGGCUGCACCAAGCCUCCGUGUAAGAUCGUUAAUGGACAGAACUUGAGGUUCAAUGCUGAGUUUGUCAAUCCAACGCCCACCAAAACCCUUACUGCAAAGGUCAUUGCCCGAGUCGCCGGAUUGAUCAUCCCGUACGAGCUGCCAGCAGAGCAUCGCGACGGCUGCCAGAAGUUGACCAACGCCGAGUGUCCUCUGGGUGCAAACCAACUGGUCGCAGCUGCCGGUGACGUUCCAGUCGAAUCACCGAUCGUCAACGUUAAAGCCAACAUCGAAUUCCAGCUAGUUUCGGAUUCCGGCGUGGCCGUGUGCUUUAAGAUUGACGCCAAAAUUGUGAAGCAAUAAAGGAGAGCACCAUCCUCCCGAACGGUAGCGCAGCGUGUUCGACUAUCCAAA